AUGGCCAAGCUCAAAUUAUUUGAUGUUGGCAAUGCUGGAGGAAAGGCCGAAAAAAGAUACAUCGAGCAAAAAUACAACUUGCUUGCACAGCAGCAAGGAACGCAGGUAACGUGUUUCCAAUUAAAUGGACCUACUGCUUCUCAGCUAGCCGCAAGGCAAGUUUUACCCGCAGAUCUACCCAUCUUUAACGGAAAUCCAGAGGACUGUCCAAUCUUUAUAAGCAUGUACGAGAACAGCUGCCGUAUAGCGGGGUUUUCAAACGCCGAAAACAUGCUACGACUUCAGAAGAGCCUCAAAGGUAAAGCCUACGAACUAGUUCGUGAUAAGCUACUGCUGCCAAUACUGGUUCCUGAUGUCAUUAAUACGCUCAAGACAUUCUUUGGACGCCCGGAGCAAACACUCGAUCGAUUGAUCGACAAAAUAAGAAAAAUAAACGUACACAAGGAUAAAUUAGAAUCCAUCGUUGAUUUCGCAAUGGCGGUGAGAAACGCAUGUGCAACCAUGGAAGCGUGCAAUUUAACCUCACAUUUAAAUAACCCGAUGCUUCUUCAAGAACUUAUCGACAAACUACCCACCCAGCAAAAGUUAAACUGGGCUAUGCAUCCACGUAACGAAUCCAUCCCGGUUAUAAAAUCAUUUAGCGAUUGGUUGUACAAAAUAGCUGAGGCCGCAGCCACUGUCAUGCCUGGCCAAAGCACUAAGGCCAAUAAUGUCAACACACACUCGCAAGCACAUCAACAACCACAGGAAGGACCAAAUAAUCGAGAGAAUGGGUGGCGACAAAACUGUAAGCCGAAUUUACAAUGCGUGAUGUGUGCUUCCACGGAUCACCAGGUUGCUCUAUGUCAAAGCUUCAAGCGACUGUCCGUUGACAAUAGACAACGAAUAAUAAACGAAGCCAAGGUAUGCUACAGGUGCCUCAAAAGUCACCGUAAAUGCUUCUCUAAUCGUGACUGCGGAAUUGACAAUUGCAACUCAAAACAUCACCCGCUUCUUCACAAAGGCACAGGCAGAACCGAAGUUGUUACUGCGCAUCAUAAAGACAAUGUAGUGGAAGGACAAUUUUUCCGCUUUGUACCCAUCAAACUGUAUGGAGCCAAUGUAACCUUUAACACGUUCGCAUUUUUAGAUGAGGGCUCAUCAGUCACUCUCAUCGAUGAAAGCAUUUUGGACAAGCUGAAGAUCUCUUCAACGCCAGAGCCAAUUUGCCUACAAUGGACCGGUGAAGAAACUAGAAACGAAGAGGACUCCGUUAAGACCCACCUACAAAUCUCUAUAGCGGGAACUGACAAAAAGCUAUGGCUCUACAACGUCCACUCAGUAAAGAAAUUAGGAUUGCCGAAACAAACCAUCAAUGUUGAAGAACUAUCCAAGCAAUAUGCUUAUUUGCGUGGCUUGCCGCUAAAGUCGUACCAAAACAGUACACCACCAAUUUUAAUCUGCAGCAACAAUUGGAAUCUAGCAAUACCCCGCAAAAUCCGCGAGGGCAGACAAAACGAACCCAUUGCUUCAAAGUGCACAUUAGGAUGGUGCAUCCAAGGAUCAAUAAACUCAAGCAAACACGUAACAAUGCAUCAUUGCGAGUGCAAUUGGAGUAAAAUAGAUAAAGCCAUAAAGGAAAGUUUCACAAUGGAACCAAUCGUAUCUAGAGAAUUGCAGUACAAAAACGACAAAAGGGCCAAAGGCAUUCUCGAAGAUACCUGCAAAAAGAUCAAUGGUCGAUACGAAGUCGGCCUACUCUGGAAGGACGACACAGUCAUUUUACCCGAAAGCUAUACCGCAGCGCUGAAACGCCUCGAAUGCCUACGGGCCAAAAUUAAAAGAAUGCCGGAACUGUUUGAUAAAAUUCAAUCACAAAUUGACAAUAUAGUAGAAAAAGGAUAUGCAUUUGAGCUCAGACCAGUAGAGGUAUGCGAUCGAGAGGAACGCGUCUGGUAUCUCCCAAUAUUUAUUGCUUUAAAUCCGAAUAAGCCAAACAAAAUACGACUAGUUUGGGAUGCCGCCGCCAAAAGUCAUGGAAAAUCACUUAACGAUUUUAUGCUUACUGGGUCUGAUUAUCUAGAUCCAUUGACUUCUGUUCUAAUGGCCUUCAGAGUAGGACGGAUUGCCGUGUGCACAGAUAUAGCCGAGAUGUUUCAUCAAAUAAACAUUCAGGAAAGCGACAUGCACGUCUAG